UCCCGCCCUGAGUCGUGACGUCACUGCGCGGCGCCACAGGAAGAAAACAAACACGGAUCAGAAACCGUUCAGCGAUCAAUAAUCACUAUUUCUUUAUGAUUAACCGUUCAAACGAGCGUUUAACGCGUUGUUUUAAUGUAGUGCAGUUUGACGGAGGAAUAAAAUGGAAUCUAACGGGAAAAUAAAGCCGACGACACGAACGGCUGCUCCGUGUUUCUAACCGUCAACCCCGUUUUCUACUGCCCGGUUUCUGCUGUCGGUUUGAGUUACCCACUCCAUCAUGAGCUCCAGAGUGUGCAGAACCUGUGGGGGUGCAGAUAUAGACGUGGAUCAGGCCAGAGGCAGCGCCGUGUGCACCAGCUGUGGUUCGGUUCUGGAGGACAACAUCAUCGUCUCUGAGGUUCAGUUUGUGGAGGGAAGUGGAGGAGUUUCAUCUGCUGUGGGACAGUUUGUUUCUGCUGACGGUCCAGUUAAAGCUCCUCUUCUUGGUUCCGGUUUCCACACCAGUGUUGGUAAAGAGUCCAGAGCGCAGACCCUGCAGAGCGGUAAGCGUCAGAUCCAGCAGCUGGGCAGUCAGCUGCAGCUGAACCAGCACUGUUUGGACACAGCCUUCAACUUCUUCAAGAUGGUUGUCAGUAAACACCUGACGCGAGGACGUAAAACGGAGCACGUCAUCGCCGCGUGUCUUUACCUGGUGUGUCGCACUGAGGGGACGCCGCACAUGCUGCUGGACCUGAGUGACCUGCUGCAGGUGAACGUUUACAUCCUGGGAAAGACGUUCCUGCUGUUGGCUCGUGAGCUUUGCAUCAACGCUCCCGCCAUCGACCCCUGCCUUUACAUCCCUCGGUUCGCUCACAUGCUGGAAUUCGGGGUGAAGACUCAUGAGGUCUCCAUGACGGCUCUUCGCCUGGUUCAGAGGAUGAAGAGGGACUGGAUGCACACGGGGCGGCGACCCUCUGGCCUCUGUGGAGCAGCUCUCCUGGUAGCAGCUCGGAUGCAUAAGUUUCGUCGCACAGUGAAAGACGUGAUCGGUGUGGUGAAGGUCUGUCAGACCACUCUGAGGAAGAGGUUAACAGAGUUUGAGGACACGCCCACCAGUCAGCUGACCAUUGAUGAGUUCAUGAGAGUAGAUCUGGAGCAGGAAUGUGAUCCACCCUCCUUCACUGCUGCACAGCACAAGGCCAAGAUGCAACAGCUGGAACAGGAGCUGGCCAGGAAGUUGGACGAGGUCGAAGGAGAGAUCAGCUGCUACAAAGACGAGAUUGAGACCGAGCUGGAGAAGAGCCAACCCAAACUGAGAGGAAUCUACGCCGCCUACGCCAAAGAAAUCGACCCAGAGGACGUGGAGGUUUUGUCCUCGAUCUCAGAACCAGAAGAGCCAGACGUCGAAGAUGCAGAGUUCCAAGCUGCCGCCCAGCACCUGACCCAGGACUUCCUGUGCCAGGUGAUCCAGGAGGAGGAGGGGCGGGGCAAGGAGACUGAGGAUAGCAAGCAAGAGGAAGGGCCAGAGAAAGAGGGUGUGGGGCCUCAGCGUCAGGUUGCCCCCUUGGCUGUCAUCCUGGGGAAACUGCCAAGCACCGCAAGCCUGAACCUCCAACAGACCUUCCAGACGUUCAGCAAGUCAGAGCCAGGCCAGAAACCUGACGGUGCUUCUGCAGAUGAUCAGUCGGAGAGUGGCGAGCUGGACUUGGAUGGCAUCGAUGAUCAGGAGAUUGAGAAAUACAUCCUGAACGAUAAGGAAGUUCAGGUGAAGACGGAGCUGUGGAUGAAACAGAACGCAGAGUACCUGAAAGAGCAGAAAGAAAAAGAAGAGAGGAUAAAGAAAGAAAAAGAACAAGGGACGUAUAAAGAGAAGAAGAAGAAGAAGUGUAAGAAGAGGGAGCAGAUCGAGGCGUUGACGGCAGGCGAGGCGAUCGAAAAGAUGUUGGAGAAGAAGAGGAUCUCCAGUAAGAUCAACUACGAUGUCCUCAGAGACCUGAACAGCAGGGGGACAGGGAGCGGGGGAGGCAGCAGCCCCGGCAGAGCCUCCUCCGACUCACCAGAGCCCAGUAACACCAGCGCCGCCACACAGAAACAACUCAGCCGCCGCCGCCGCAGGAAGACCAGUGAUUCUAACCCAGACCUCGCAGUUAAUGCCAGCAUCAUGGGGAAGAGGUUCCGUCGCCUCAUCUCAUCCGCAACAAAGAAGAAGAAAACUGCCUCAAAGGUAGAAAACUCUGUUGUUACCAUGACAACACAAACAACAACAGAAUCUGCAGCUGAGCAGAGUCCUGACCCUGAACCGGACACAAGCUCCACCCCCACAGCUGUUCCUCCCACUGUGGAGGAGGAGGAGGAAGAGGAGGGGGUGGAGGAGGAGUGCGUCAGUGCUCUGCAGCUCGUCGGAGAUUACGGCUGUGAGGUGGAGGAAGAGGAAGUUUUCUAGCGCCACCCUGCUGACCUUUGGCCUUUUAACUUUCCGUCCAGUUUCUGAAUCUGUUCGACUGAGGCAGCUCAACUGAGAAGGAUCAGUGUUACAUAAAUCACUUACAAAUAUCAGUGAUCAGUUAUUAUUAAUGAUAAGUUACCACUGAUCAACCUCCUUUUGAUUUUGAUGUUUUUUAUUUUCACCGGGAUGAAACAUUUUGUUAACUGUUGAUUUACAUUAAUUUCUUUAAUUGAUCACUGAUCAUUGAAACUGAUUUUCUAACACUGAGCUCCUCAUGUUCAUAAUGUUAAAAAGUAGUUGUAGCUUUUUGUUAGAUGUUUGUGUAUUUUUAUGAGUCUGUAUGAAUGUAAAUAUGAAACAUUCAUAUGUGAACUUUAAAUAACUAAUAUACAGCUCGUAUUUAUCACAGUUCACGUACAAAGAGACAGUUGUGGACAAUGAAUUAGCUGUUUUCACUGACUGUUUUGUACUGUAGAUGUGUGCGCACACUGAAACAAGACAACAGCGACAUUCCCUCAGAGAAUAAACAAACUGUGAAAC